AUGGCGUUUGCCAUAUCACGCGGGUGGACCCUACGCCAGCUGGAUGUCCACAACGCAUUCUUGAAUGGUCACUUAUCAGAAACUGUCUACAUGCCCAGCCACCAGGAUAUGAGGAUCCUGAUCAUCCCGAUCAUGUCUGCCACUUGCAGCGUUCCUUAUAUGGGCUCAAACAGGCCCCGCGGGCCUGGUUUCAUCGUCUGCAUAAUUUCUUACUUGAAACAGGAAUCCCGAGUAUUCCUGCUUGUGUAUGUCGAUGACAUCAUCAUGCUCGGAAAUAAUGUUGUCUUAGUUGAAUCCUUAUUACAGCGAUUGGCUACGGCAUUUAAAAUUCGGGAUCUCGGGGCGCCCACAUUCUUUCUCUGCAUAGAAACCAUCACAGUUCCAGAUGGUAUGAUUCUCACACAGCGGCGGUACAUACGUGACAUUCUGCAACGAGGAGGCAUGACUGACUGCAAGCCGCUAGCCACACCAGCGUCCGUUACUCAACCAGUUAGCCAGUCCACCGAGCCAUUUGAUAAUCCCACGCAGUACAGGAGGCUAGCGGGGGCACUUCAGUAUCUUUCCGUCACUCGGCCGGAUAUAUCCUUUGCGGUCAAUCGUCUAUGUCAGUUCAUGCACAGUCCCACACAGGAGCAUUGGGGUUUACUUAAACGAGUUCUCCGCUAUAUAAAGGGAACUCUAGACUACGGGCUACGCGUCUCACCAUCCAGGACCUCGGAAAUACAUGCCUACUCGGAUUCUGACUGGGCAGGGUGUCCAGUGGAUCGUAAGUCCACCAGUGGCUAUGCUGUCUUCAUAGGUACCAAUCUCGUAUCGUGGGUCUCUAGGAAACAGCGCACAGUAGCUCGUUCAUCCACUGAAGCCAAAUAUAAAGGUCUAGCGGACGUCUGUGCGGAGGUGACAUGGGUUCUGUCUUUACUUCGUGAGUUGGGCCUUGACUCGGCAACACCCCCGACUCUAUGGUGCGACAAUCUUGGAGCGACAUACUUAUGUGCCAACCCAGUUUUUCAUGCGCGCACCAAGCAUGUUGAGGUAAACUAUCACUUCGUCCGAGACAAAGUUUCGUCUGGCGAGUUCCGGGUUCACGUCGUCUCCACCAAGGACUAG